AUGCACGAUAGACGCAACGUACUUAGUGGACAUUUCGAGGUGGUGAAGUGGCUGUAUGCGAAUCGCCCAGAGUCUCGCACGAUUGCAGGUAUCGUGAAAGGCGUCCAGUGCGGCCACUUGCGCAUCGCGCACUGGCUCAGCAAGAACCGAACAGAGGGAUGCACAGCCAAUGCGAUGGAUGAGGCCGCAGCAAAUGGAUACCUGAACGUUGUUCAGUGGCUCCACGCUAACCGAACGGAGGGCUGUACUACAAAAGCCAUCCAGUACGCGGCUAGAAAUGGCCACCUAGAGGUUGUGCGAUGGCUAUUUCAAACUCUAUUCACAGGGAGCGCUUGUGCCCGAUACCCGCGCAUAGAGGAUGAAUCUUGA